AUGGAAAUAAAGCACCCUCCACGCUCCCACGCGUGUCUGCGCCGCAGGAAGCGCCGCCUGGCAGCGGGGAGUGCCGGGCCACCGGUGAGUAGCGGCGGGGUCGGGAUCGGGGCCGGGCUGCGAGCUCCGGGGCUUCCCCCUGCCCGCGGCUACCAGCCGCCCGCCCUGGCGCUGAGCAGGGCCCGGCUGUGCCUGCCCUCGCAGCCCUGCCAGCCCUGCCUGCGGGUGCGCCUGGCCCUCCCUGCCGCAGAGCUCGGUGGUGUCCGUGGGCUGCAGCUCAACUUCCUGGAGCUGGGUUCCAACCGGGCCGGCUGGCUGCAGGUGUGGCGACGGCACCGGGCGCCCGGCAGCUCGCUGUGGCAGGUGCGGUUCGACUGCUUCCCGGCGGAGAGCGGGCGGCAGGUCCUCGUCUCCCUCCGCACCAUCCCUGACCGAGGCUUGGCCCUCAGCCGCAGCCGCCUGGUCGUUGCCGAGCCGCCUGGGCCCGUCUUCACCCACGCCUGGGUCCCCGAGGCGCGGGCCAUCGAGGUGUGGGUGCCCGAGGGUCCUGCCCUGAUGGUGCGGCUGUGCCACCAGUUGGCCCUGGAGUGUGAGGAGCUGCCCCGGCCCUUCCACCGGCAGGUGCUGGUGCUGGGGGGCCGCCACAUCUCCCUGCCGUACGAGUUCCUGGUGCCCUGCCUGUGCAUCGAGGCCUCCUACCCCCACCACGACAGCCCGCGCAGCAAGCACUGCCCCUUCCGCGACCAGCCCGAUGCCUAUGGCCCCGAGCUGUGGUCCUCGGUGCGCUUCCACGACUACAGCGCCAGCAGCAAGGACCAGAUGGCGAUGGUGCUGAGCGCCAGCUGCCCCCUGCACCCCCGGGCCACCCUGUGCUGGAGGGAGGUGGCGGCCGAGACUGCGCCCUGCCACGAUGUCCCCAACUCCACGGCCAGUGAAGAGGAGCAGGCAUACACGCUGGACAAAGUGGAUGUGCACCCCCAGCUCUGUUUCCGGUUCUCCUACGGGAACAGCAGCCACGUGGAGUGUCCCCACCGGCCAGAGACCGCCUGGAAUGUCUCGGUGAGCGUCCGCGGGCUGCAGCUGCACCUGCACCUCACCUCCAGCGUCCCUGCAGCCUUCAGCGCAGCCCUCUGCCAGCGCCAUGGCAGACAGUGCGAGCCUGAGGCCCCCUUCUACACCGUCACACGGCCGGAGGGCUCUGCCCCAGGGGAGCUGGCGCUGCUGUUGCCGGUGCACGUCCUGGGCAGCUGUGUGCUGGUGUGGCGCUCAGAUGUGCACUUCGCUCGGAAGCAGCUGCUCUGUCCCGACGACACUGACGUGCUGUGCGGGACGGAGCCGCCGGGGCCCGGCCAUGGGCUGGCCCUGGAUCAGCUGCAGCUGGAGCCGGUGCUGCGCUGCACCGGGCCCACGGCCUGCUCACCCUGCCUGGAGGCACGGCUGCACCUGACCACCGGCACCGGAGACCCCCGCCGCCCUGCGCCAUCGGGCAUCCCCGAGGCGGAGGAUGGCGGUAAGGGGGGACGGUGGCCAGCGGUGGAUGGGACUGCCUCGUCCCAGCCCAACGUCACCGGGCUACUGCUGCUCUCCGGGCACACAUACGCCUCCUCCCGCUGCGUGGCCGUGGAGGUCCAGGCACCCCUGGCCCCUGCGCUGCCUGGCCAACCCCUGGGCUGGGUGACCUUCCGGUGCUUCGAGGCGCCGCUGGGCUCCAAGCUCCACGUCACAGCAUACACUAACUCGCGUGACCACUGGAGGCUGAGCCAGUGGCAGUGGGUGCCAGACUGCUCAUGGCCCGCGGCACAGGCUGCCAUCCUCCAGUGCCAAGUGCCCAGGCUGCAGGUCUCCCCGGGGCCGAAGGAGGUGGUCGUGGAGGUGCAGGGGGCCAUGGCGGGGCACAGCUACACCCUCCGGCUCUACCACAACCAGAGCCACGGUGCCAGCGGGCCGGGGCGCGCAGUGACCGCGAGCAGCCCCAUGAACUACAGUCUGCCAGCCGAUGAGGUGCUGCCCUGCCUCUGCCUGCAGGUCUGGCCAGAGACCCAGGACCCGCUGCGGGCCACCCUGUGCCCCUUUUCCCACGACGCUGAGGCCUGGGAGCGGCUGUGGGCGCGCAGCCGGCUGAUCCUGCAUGCUGGGGGGCAGGCGCUGACCUGCUCCCUCUCGGCUCCCUGCGACCUCCCGGCUGAGCUGGUGCCCUGCUGGCAGCCGGCACCCGCUGGGCUCUGCCAAGCCCUGCCCGGCCUGCGGCAGCCCGCCGUGGGGCAGGGACUCCAGGAGUUUGGGGGGCUGCGGCCACACCCUAACCUCUGUGUGCAGGUGUGGAGCGACGGGCAGGUCCGGCUGACCCAGUGCUUGCGGGACCGAGCGCUGCCUGGCCGCCCCGAUGACCUCCUGCUGCUGGAACAUGAGGGGAACGCCUCGCUGUGCGCCCUGGAGCGGAGCACCUGCACACCCCUCACCAACUUCACCAGCACGGGAGUGGGGCGCCCUGGGCUGCUGGAGCAGGAGCUGCGGCGGGACGUGGCGGCGGGGCAGUGCAGGCAGAUCUGGCACGCUGAGAACAACACCGGGGUCACGCUCUGGGCCUGUCCUUUGCACAAGUACCUGCGUGCCCGCUGGGUGCUGGCGUGGAUGGGGGUGCUGGUGGGGGCUGCCUGCCUCCUGCUCCUGCUCCUGCUGAAGAAGGAGGACAUGAAAGGCUGGUUGAAGUCCCUGAGGGCUGACUACGGUUCUGAGGGCCCGCUGCGAGGUCGGCGGGCACUGCUGGUGCACGCGAUGGAGCCGGUGGCAGAGCGGGCAGCGUGCGCCUUGAUGGCAGCCCUGCGCCCGCUGGGGCUGGCAGUGACGGCAGCACCGGGCGGUGGCAGCGGGAUAGCAGCAUGGGGGCCACUGCCCUGGCUGCACGCCCAGCACCGGCAAGCGCUGCGUGACGGUGACACCAUCAUCCUCUUCCUCUCCCCGGCGGCUGUGGCUGCUGCACACCAGUGGGACGCCAGGGCCAGGGCUGUACCGGGGGCCGGGGCUGCUGAAUGUGGCCCCGGCCCCCAGCACGUCCCCAGCCCUGAUGAUGUCCCCACUGUAGCACCCUGCGAGGCAUUCGCGGCAGCUCUGUCCUGCACCGUGCCGGAGCUGGCGGCGGGCAAUGGUCACUAUGUCGUGGUCCGGCUAGAGGCCUUGGUGCCGGCGGUGCCACCGGCACUGCGGGCAGCCCCUGCCUUCGCACUGCCCAGUGAGACGGGGGGCUUCCUGCGGGCGUUGGCGGGACCGGGUCGGCAGCGGGGCCGGUGGCCGGAGCCGUACGUGGCGGCAGUGGCCGAAGGGCUGCGGCGGUCGGUGGGGGAAUAA